AUGAUAUUGAUGGCCAACAGUACAGACGAUAUUAGUUUUAAUCCGACGACAAUCAGUCGGCCGAGUACCAAUCCUUUACCUCAUCGUGAACUUCUUCUUCCAAAAAAAUUAACGACUAAGCUGGGUGGUCCUAAAACAGCGCAAGACAGUAGUCUUUCAUCGGAUUCGAAUAGUAUCUAUCGGCAAGGUUCAGCUGAAUCCAAUUAUAGUCAACAAUCAUCGGAAAGUUUAGAUGGUGAUACAGCUGAAAGAGAACGUGAACCGACAACAACUGCUUCUGCAACUGGCCUAUCGUCGGCAAAACCUCGUGAUCAAACGCGUUCGGCAACAGAUGCGCUCGAACGUUGUAAAACCAAACCAGUUGCUUUUGCCGUUCGAACAAAUAUCGAAUAUACUCCAUCACCUGAUGAUCUAUGUCCGAUUGCCAAAGGAGCAAUCGCUUUUCCGGCAAAAGAAUUUCUCCACAUAAAAGAUAAAUUCAAUAAUGAUUGGUGGAUUGGACGAUUAGUAAAAGUUGAUGCACCGCUUGGUUUCAUACCAAGUCCAGCUAAAUUGGAAACUAUUCGUAUACAGUCGACUCGAAAGAAUAAAAACCAACCACAAUCAUUAGCCAAUAUGACGUCACGUGUGAAAGCAUCGACACAAAGUCUCGAUAUUAUUGAUCAGAAUAUUCCAGGGUUUGGUGACGAUACACUAGGAAAUGAAGGUGAUGGUGAUAGUCUUGGAAAAUCAAAAUUGAACCUCAAUGUUAAUAAAGAUAAAAAGAAGCCUUUUUUCAAAAAGGCUGCAAACAUUACCCCGUAUGAUGUUGUACCUAAUAUGCGUCCCGUUGUACUUGUUGGUCCGUCUUUAAAAGGCUAUGAUGUAACUGAUAUGAUGCAAAAAGCUGUGUUUGACUAUCUAAAACAUCGUUACGAAGGUCGAAUUAUCAUCACGCGUGUGACUGCGGAUAUUUCGCUUGCCAAACGUGGUCUUCUAAACAAUCCAUCGAAAAUCGCACUGAUCGAACGCGGUGCACCAUCGGGUACUACUGGCAGCUCGUCGGGAGUCUCUUCUAGUAUGUCAAGUCCGAUGGGUACUACGAGGUCAACUGGUAUUAAAGAAGUUCAUGAUGAAAUCGAACGUAUAUUUGAACUAGCACGAAGUUUACAACUAGUGGUACUUGAUUGUGAUACGAUUAAUCAUCCCGCUCAAUUACAGAAAACAUCGCUUGCACCAAUUAUAGUCUAUUUAAAAGUUUCAUCACCGAAAGUCCUACAAAAAUUGAUUAAAUCGCGAGGAAAGAGUCAACAUCGAAAUCUCAAUGUUCAAUUAGUUGCCGCAGAUAAACUAACGCAAUGUUCACCAGACAUGUUUGAUUUAGUCUUGGAACAAAACCAAUUGGAAGAUGCUUGUAAUAGCUUGUCGAACUUUUUGGAUAUCUAUUGGAAUGCCACGCAUCCGAAAUUAGAUGAUAGGAACGAUUUCGCCCAGGAUACAACACAUCUACCCCCACGUCCAGCUGCUAGUUUAGUCGCUCAUCUACCACAAAUGAAUCCGCUCGGUUCACCAUCUGUUGUGACAACGACUACAACUAAUCGUCUUCUUCCCUCAUCACCACUCGUUAAUGAUAUCACACAAUCACACUUAUUACCUCAACGAACACCAUCACAACUAUCCGCUAAUCGAUACGGCGCUGGAGGCAUGACUGGUGGUGGACUUUCACAACGUCGACCAUCAACUUCAGUAACUCCUGAUUACUAUCGACAGGCACCGCCACCAUUGCCAAUGCCACCUGCGCCUGGAUACGAUGACGAACGGUUUGCCCAUUAUGAAAUGGCCAAUUUUCGAUAG